AUGAAAAUUGCAUUCACAGUCUUGGUUGUCUAAGCUAUAAGCAAUUCUAACAUGAUGUCAAAGUAUCCACUCUAAUAUGGUUGUAAAAGAAGCAUCAUGAACAUCAUGGUUAAAAUUGAAAACAAGAUUAAAACACAUUUACCAUUAGAUUGAAUCAAGGGAAUCCUUAAUUCAUUCAAAUCAGCAGUCGCAUAAGAAUAAAGUGAUGUCUAUAUUGGAUAAAAAGCUGAAUGUGAUAGUGAAAUCGCCUAAAAAGACUUGAAGUUGAAGAUUCCAAAGGUACACUCAAAAUUGCCAAUAAAAAUGUAAAUCAGCUAACAUUCUUUUGAAAAAAUUAAGUAAACUCUUGGAGAAACAGAAAAAAUUUUGAACACAAUUUCUCAACAUAUCAGUUUAAGUAAUGAUGCCAGAUAAGAAGACACUCAAUCAUACAAUAGAGGAGCUGUUUCAUUAAAUGAUGCCAUCAAUACCUUUGAUGAUUCAAUUGAUCUUGCUAAUGCUCUUGCUAAUGCCCUUGCUAAAGGAUAAGCUUCUUUGGUUUAAGUUGCUGAUAUGACAACUAAUUAAUGUAAUUAGCUAUUGCUACCAAAAUGA